AAAAAAAAAAAUUUUAGGCACAGUGGUUCAGCUGGAAACCGUUGCCCUCACAGUUCUAAGGUCCUGAGUUCGAUCCCGGACCCGCCUGUGUGGAGUUUGCAUGUCCUCCCCGUGCCUGCGUGGGUUUCCUCCGGGCACUCCGGUUUUUUCCCACAUCCCAAAAACAUGCAACAUUAAUUGGAUAGUCUAAAUUGCCCAUAGGUGUGAUUGUGAGUGCGACUGUUUGUCUCGAUGUGCCCUGCGAUUGGCUGGCAAGCAGUUCAGGCUGUACCCCGCCUCCUGCCUGUUGACAGCUGGGAUAGGCUCCAGCACUCCCCCGACCCUCGUGAGGAUAAGCGACACAAGAAAAUGGAUGGAUGGAAUUUUUUUUUACUCGAAAAAUAAAUCAUCAGCUGUCAGAUGUGUUUAUGGCCCACAAAUGAGCCCAUUAGUUAACCGUAAACCCUUUGAACUCAAUAGAGCAUUAAAUCUCGCGAUAUUUGUCUUCCCGGUCCAACGGGGCCGCGCGGGAUGUUGGAACAAGAUGAAGAUGAUGCGCUCGACUGGCCAGUGGUGAGCGACCGCUUUUCAAAAAACGAGACUACGGGAACCUCAAGAAGAACCAAGUGAACACCCGAAGGACUAUUAACCCCCAAUCAUGGCUCCAAAGAAGUGACGCUAGAUAAGUUCUUUGGGAAAAGAAAACUUCCAAGGGGCUGAGUCACUGCCAGUGAGGAGGAAGGUCUGGAGAGGCAACGGGAGAGGAGGCGGCGGCGGCAGAGGACGAGAAGAAAAAGAAGCGGGGAGGGAGGGAGAUAAGCCACAACAGGAAGCACCACAACACACACACACGCGCUGAGUAUUUUGUGUCGCAAAGACAGCGACUGCGUGAACGGUGAAGGAAGGAAGGAAGGGAGGGAGAGUGACGCGAGGCUGGGAGAGCCGCCCUCCUCCUCCUCCUCCUCCUCCUCCUCCUCCUCUUGCACGGCGCUCCGUGGAGCAGGCGUGUAGCGGCAGCAGACUCGGCUUGAAGGAACCAUGAGCGAUGUCACCAUCGUCAGAGAGGGAUGGCUUCAGAAACGGGGUGAAUACAUAAAGAACUGGCGGCCACGUUACUUCCUGCUCAAGACGGACGGCUCAUUCAUCGGCUACAAGGAGAAACCUCAGGACGCUGACUUGCCCUACCCACUAAACAACUUCUCCGUAGCAAAAUGCCAGCUUAUGAAGACGGAGAGGCCCAAACCCAACACCUUCAUCAUACGCUGCCUCCAGUGGACCACCGUCAUCGAGAGGACUUUCCACGUAGACACCCCCGAUGAGAGAGACGAGUGGACGGAGGCCAUCCAGACGGUGGCAGACAAGCUGCAGAAGCAAGAGGAGGAGAGGAUCCAGUGCAGCCCCACCUCUAACAUCGACAACAUGGUCGAGGAGGAGAUGGACAUCACCACCACGCACCACAAACGCAAGACAAUGAGUGACUUUGAUUACUUGAAGCUGCUCGGAAAGGGAACGUUUGGGAAAGUGAUUCUGGUCCGGGAGAAGGCCAGCGGGAAAUACUACGCUAUGAAGAUUUUAAAAAAGGAAGUCAUCAUCGCCAAGGAUGAAGUGGCACACACGCUCACAGAGAGCCGAGUACUGAAAAACACCAGACAUCCCUUUCUCACUUCAUUGAAGUAUUCGUUCCAGACAAAAGACCGCCUCUGUUUCGUCAUGGAGUAUGUGAAUGGUGGAGAGCUGUUUUUCCACUUGUCCAGAGAGCGGGUGUUCUCGGAGGAGCGCACGCGUUUCUACGGCGCCGAGAUCGUCUCGGCCCUCGAUUACCUCCACUCGGCCAAGAUCGUUUAUCGUGACCUCAAGCUGGAGAACCUGAUGCUGGAUAAAGACGGGCACAUCAAGAUCACAGACUUCGGCCUGUGCAAGGAAGGCAUCACGGACACGGCCACCAUGAAGACCUUCUGCGGUACGCCAGAGUACCUCGCGCCAGAGGUCCUGGAGGACAACGACUACGGCCGGGCGGUGGACUGGUGGGGUCUGGGCGUGGUGACGUACGAGAUGAUGUGCGGCCGCCUCCCCUUCUACAACCAGGACCACGAGAAGCUCUUUGAGCUCAUCCUGAUGGAGGACAUCAAGUUCCCGCGCACGCUCUCGGCCGACGCCAAGUCGCUGCUGUCUGGCCUGCUCAUCAAGGACCCCAACAAACGGCUUGGCGGAGGACCGGAUGACGCCAAAGAAAUUAUGAGGCACAGUUUCUUCACUGGAGUCGACUGGCAGCAUGUGUACGACAAAAAGAUGGUUCCGCUGUUCAAGCCUCAGGUCACGUCGGAGACGGACACCAGGUACUUUGACGAGGAGUUCACGGCGCAGACCAUCACGGUGACGCCGCCCGAGAAAUUCGACGAGGACGGCAUGGACUGCCUGGACAACGAGAGACGACCGCACUUCCCGCAGUUCUCCUACUCGGCCAGCGGGCGGGAAUGAACUCCGCCCACUUUGCCUCUGACCCCACCCCCCCUGCUGUGACAUCAUCACAGCUGGUCUAUGAGGUCAUCAGCGCGGAACACACACACACAUACACACACACACUUUGGGACCCGGAAGAAUCCCCUCAAGGAAGGAUUUUUACCAUCCUUUUUCUUUUUUUUUUUUAAAGCCAUUUUGUCUCGUUCAUCGUUCACGAACGGAGCGUAAGGUACGAAGUUGAUUAGCCGCUCAUGUGACGGGACUGCUGUGCUUUGAUGGGGUCUCCCAGCCCCCCCACCCCCACCUCGCCACGCUCCCGGGCCAUCGACCCCCACACGCCCGCACGCGGCUCGGAUGAACUCUCAGGCUUUUCUCGCGCGCGUGAAUGAAUCAUCCUGGGAUCGACUGAGCGGGUCCGCUAGGCCGGCGUUGACUCAGGUGCAAAUUUCCUACUCGUUGGUUGCUGCUAUUUCCGACAUCUGCCUCUAGGACACGCCCACCUCCUCUUCAACCGGACCACUGUCGCUGGUCGGGCUGGGCGGCGCGGCUUUAAAACGAAAUCUUUUUUCACUUUUUAACUUUCCUCAACCUCCACAGGCAAUUACAUACAUAUUUAUGAUACAUUUGAAGCUCACCUUUCAUUAUUAAUACGCUUCAGAAAGUCGGAAUAAAAUUAAAUUGUCCAAAAACCUGUAGAAAUAAUCUAAACCCAGCUAACUGGUUCUAAGAUUGACAAAAAAAAUACACUUUGGAAAAAAAUCAUGACAAUUUAGCAUACAGAAAACAUAUAAAUGACCAAUAAAAUUGCUAAAUGAACAUUAAA